AUGGAGUCCGCCCAUCUCCUCAGGGUCCGUCUGCACAAGGGGAAGUCGCUGCGGAGGGCCCUGAGGGAGCAUGGGCUCCUGGAGAACUUUCUGAGGGAACACCAGCAUGCAGCCAGGCAGAGGAACUCCAACUUCGGGAAGGUGGCCCGCAAGCCUCUGAUCAACUACCUAGAUUGCGAGUACUUCGGGAAGAUCUCCGUCGGGACCCCGCCCCAGGAAUUCACCAUGGUGUUCGACACGGGCUCCUCGGACUUCUGGGUGCCCUCCGUCUAUUGCACCAGCAAUGCCUGCCAAAACCACCACCGCUUUGACCCGCACAAGUCCGACACCUUCCAGAUGCUGAACAAGUCCGUGUCCAUCCAGUACGGCCAGGGCAGCAUGCAGGGCUACCUGGGCUACGACACCGUCACCUUCUCCACCAUCGUGGGCGCCUACCAGACCGUGGGCCUGAGCAGGCAGGAGCCUGGCUUCAUCUUCGCCUACUCCGAGUUUGACGGGAUCCUGGGGCUGGCCUACCCCUCUCUUGCCUCUGACUACUUCAUGCCCGUGUUCGACAACAUGAUGAACAGAUACCUGGUGGCCCAUGACGUGUUCUCGGUGUACGUGAGCAGGAAGGACCGUGGGAGCAUGCUCACGCUGGGGGCCUUCGACCCGUUCUACUACACGGACAGCCUGCACUGGGUGCCCGUGACCAGGCAGGCGUACUGGCAGUUCACCAUGGACAGUAUCACCGUCGGUGAUGUCAUUGUGGCCUGUGCCAGCGACUGUCAGGCCAUCCUGGACACGGGUACCUCCAUGCUGGUUGGGCCCAGCAGGCACAUCCUCACCAUCCAGAGGGCCAUUGGAGCCACAAAGGGCCAGCACGGCCUGUUUGACAUCGACUGUGCAAGCCUGAGCAGCAUGCCCACGGUUGUCUUUGAGAUCCAUGAAAAAGAGUUCCCAUUGCCACCCACUGCCUACACCAGACAGGACCAAGGCUCCUGCUCCAGCAGUUUCCAGGGUGAUGAUCAUUCCCAGCAGUGGAUCCUGGGGGAUGUCUUCAUCCAGGAGUACUACAGCGUCUUUGACAGGGCCAACAACCGCGUGGGGCUGGCCAAAGCUGUCUGACCGCACCACUGACUAUGCGCUGUGCUAUACACACACACAUGCACACGCACACACACACAUGCACAUGCACACACACACACUUGCACAC